UAUUUUCAUGUCAUCUCCAUGCUUCUCAGCUACGUUUCCUCGCUCCGUCUUCAGAAUUUCAUUCUCUCCCUAUUCUGAUCCUUCACUUUCUCUUUCUGAUUUCUCAUCCUCUCCUUCCUCUCCUCUGAAACUUCUUUCCCCUGAAUCCCUCUUUCUAAGGAGUCGAGAAAAUGUCACACGCCGAUACCAUACCUCUGCACCAAUCGUCCCAGUCCGACAUUGACGAGAUCGAGAACCUCAUUCGUGCUAGCGUCCAAUCGGGACCCACCACGGUUCUCCCUGCCAGACCUCCUAGUCCUCCUCGAGCUUCAAUUCCUGUAUCUUCGUCGCCUUAUAUGCCUGUUGGUAUUCCACCUCCGCCGAAAUCUUCCAAUCAGAAGCCACCGGCUCUUCCCGCUCCUCCUCCCCCGAUUCCACCUCCGGCCAACAAUGGACGUCCUAAUAUUACGCCCAGUGGAUUUGGCUCGCCUCCGGACACGUUGACAGAGCCGGUCUGGGACACCGUGAGAAGGGAUCUAACGAGGAUUGUUAAUAAUCUGAAGCAGGUUGUGUUUCCUAACCCCUUCCGCGAGGACCCCGGGAUGGCUCUGAGGGAUUGGGAUCUAUGGGGACCCUUCUUCUUUAUUGUUUUCUUGGGUCUUGUUCUUUCAUGGUCUGCAUCUGUCAAGAAGUCUGAUGUCUUCGCUGUUGCAUUUGCGUUACUUGCUGCUGGCGCUGUAAUAUUGACAUUGAAUGUCCUGCUUCUGGGUGGACAGAUAAUUUUCUUUCAGAGCCUGAGCCUUCUGGGAUACUGCUUGUUCCCUUUGGACGUGGGUGCAUUAAUUUGCAUGUUGAAUAGAAGCGUGAUGAUCAAAAUAAUUGUCGUAUGCGUGGCACUGGGAUGGAGCUCCUGGGCUGCAUAUCCUUUCAUGAGUGCUGCCGUCAACCCAAGAAGAAAAGCUCUCGCCCUCUACCCACUCUUCCUUAUGUAUGUAUCUGUUGGUUUUCUCAUCAUUGCCAUUGACUGAAUUCAUCCCUGCUUCUCCUUACUGCAUUCCUUCCCAUCUACUUCUCUGCGGAAGCUUUUUGUGUAAAAGCAGCCCCAUUUUUUAAAUUUUACCCCCCACCCCCUUACUCUUUUGUCCUUUUUGGUUAGCCUUUUUGUCAGCUAAAAAUAUAGUUGGUGACAGACGGUAAUGUAGUUUCCUUCUAAAGUAUAGUGGUUUGCCUUUUCUAG